AAAACAAAAGAAGAAUGUGACAGAAACUUUCUACCCUUUCUUUUUCAAUCUUUCUCUUCUUUAUGUGCCACCCCAUUUCCUCUCUCUCUCUCUCUCUCUCUCUUUCAAGGCAAAGCAAUUGAAAAUUCAGAAAAGAGAACAAAGCAUCUCAGCUUCAUAGCUGUUUUGAUAAAGCUAAAAAAGUAAGCAAAAAAAAAAGAGAUAAAACAGAGCAGAAAAAAAAGAAAAAAAGAACAUUUUGCUUUUUUUUUUUUUUAUUGAAAUUGCUGAUCUCUUUGUAUUUAACCCAUUUUAAAAAUUCCCUUAAGUUUCAAUUUCUUAAGCUUCAAAAGCCUUGGGUUUCUGUUUUUUUUUUUCCAGGUAUUGUUGGGUUUUUUAUCUCUUGCUUGAAAGUUUUAAUUUUUAUGUUAUUGGGAAUUUUCAGAUUUGCUUCAAGUUUCCUUCUUUUUUUCUUGGCUUAUUUAGCAAUUUCACUGCUCAAAAACUCUUAAUCGUUGCUUUUCAGCUAUUGGGUUGAUCUUCAUUUGGUUGCUCUCUCUUUCAUUUAAGUCUGCCUCUAAGAUUGGAAAUUGAGAGGAAAUAAAUUCAUAUAUAUAGUGAGAGAUGGGGCUUGAAAGAUUGGAAUUUGGAGUUAGAGUUAGGAGAUUUAUGGUGAUGUCAGUUAAAACAUGUUAUAGAUCGGUUUGGAAUCAUCCAUUUUUGUUUGGUUUGGUUUGUUUUUUAAUAUUUCUGUAUAGAUCAUUUCCUUUGUUGUUUUCUAUUUUGGUUACUGCAUCUCCUGUUUUGGUUUGCACUGCUGUUUUGCUUGGUACCCUUCUGAGUUUUGGGUCACCAAACAUACCUGAAAUCGAUGAAAAGGAAGAAGAGAAAGUUAGUCAUGAAGUUUCACCAUUGAAAACUGGGGCAACCGAGGAUGAUACUGUUGUCGAGAGAGAUUUUGCUGAUGAUGAUUUUGUUGUAGAAAGACAUGUAAGGAAGAGGUGGGAUAUAGUAGAGAAUGCUGAUGAGAAAGUUGGUUUGGUUGAUAAUGAGGUCAGUGAAGAUGAGGAAGGUGAUGGUUCAGAUCUUUAUAAGCCGUUAGUUGAUGAUGAUUUGGAUUCUAGGGAUAUUCAUUGUGAGAAUGGGGUGGUUGAUGAGGUGGAGGAACUGUUGAAUGAUUCAUUCGUGGAGAAGAAGAGGGAAAUUCAGGAGGAGAUGCUAGGGAGUGGAGGUAUGUUGAGUAUGGGUAAGGCUACAGACAAUCAAUAUCUUUUGGCAGAUGAGGUAGGAGAUAGGAAUCUUGAUGUGGGGGAUGGUAAAGUCACAUCAGAUUUCAGUGAUGUACCAAGGGGUGAUGAAUUGGAUUCUUCUCUGGUGUCAUCUUGGAAACGCAUUGUAGGUGAUGACGACAAUGGUGAUGGUUGUGAUGAAGAUGAUGAAUCUUUGGAUUCUGGCUCUGACGGUGAUGAGAGUUCCUCCCCUGAUGCUUCAAUGGCAGAUAUAAUUCCGAUGCUUGAUGAGUUGCAUCCACUUUUGGGCUCAGAAGCUCCACAGCUUGCUCAGUUGUCUUGUGAUGGUUUUGAUGCUGCCUCAGAAAGGUCUCAUGGUAGUAGUAAUCAUGAAAGUGUUGAGUCAGAUGAGUUAGAAAACCAAGGUGAGGGAGAUAAUGAUGAUGAGGAGGAUGAGGAUGAGGGAGAAGGAGCAGGAGCAAAGGGAGAUAAAGAAGAUGAAAGUAAAUCUGCAAUUAAAUGGACAGAGGACGAUCAGAAGAAUCUCAUGGAUUUGGGGACUUCAGAGCUUGAAAGAAACCAACGAUUGGAGAAUCUUAUUGCUAGGAGAAGAGCCCGUAAAAGCAUGAGAUUGAUGGCUGAGAAGAAUCUAAUAGACUUAGAUAGUGCUGAUAUUCCCUUAAACAUUGCACCGAUUUCUACAAGACGUAACCCAUUUGACCUUCCAUAUGAUUCCUAUGAUGACCUACAGUUACCUCCCAUUCCUGGGUCAGCUCCAUCCAUUUUGCAGCCCCGAAGAAACCCUUUUGAUCUUCCUUAUGACUCAAGCGAGGAAAAACCUGAUCUUAAAGGAGACAGUUUUCAAGAAGAGUUUUCAGAUUUUAAUCAAAGGGAAGUUUCCCAAAGAGAAGCCUUCUUUAGAAGACAUGAAAGCUUCAAUGUGGGACCAUCAUCUUUAGGUGUUUCUCGGCAAGAGCUUAAGUGGAAACCUUAUUUUGUUCCAGAGCGACUAGUAACGGAAGGAGUUAGCCGUUCCUCAUUCCAGAGGCAGUCAAGUGAAGUUAGUGAGUCAAAGUUGAGUUCUGUUCCUGAUUCUGAAUCAGUGAGUUCAGUUGUGGAUGAGGAGGACAACAAGCCAAAUGAACAAGAUGUUUCUCAAGAAACCGAACUGAUCUUGAAUCAAGAUCAGGCUUCUAUCCAUGAUGAAGAAGAGAGCCAAUCAUCUGAGGAUGUUGAGUCUGUGGAUGUUGACCUAGCCGAGAAUAGAGAUGUUCAUCAUGAUGUGGUUGAGAUCACAUUGGGAGAUGGAGAAAGUCAACUGGAAAUGGAAUCAAUGUCUGAAGCUGGAGCAACUACUCAUGUGGAACUCAAUGCAAGUGAAAUUGAAUCAACUGUUCUUUUUGGCCAAGCUGAGAAUACAGAUGUUCAUCAUGAUGUGGUUGAGAUAACAUUGGGAGAUGGGGAAAGUCAGCUGGAAAUGGAAUCAAAUUUGUCUGAAGCUGGAGCAACUACUCAUGUGCAAAUCAAUGCAAGUGAGAUUCGUCCCAGAACAGAGCCAGUUGAGGAGGAUUAUAGCAGUAGAUCAAGUUUGUCAUCAUUAUCAGAAAUGGAUGAAAAGAUAUCUGAUGUCAAGGGAGAAGGAUCUGCAGGUUUUGAACCCAGAGAUCAUGAAAUUAAAGAAUCUGGCAUUUCUACACACCCAUCAUUUGAGGAAUCAGUGUUCCAUUUUACAAGUAGGGUGGUGAAUGAUGAUCAACGUAGGGAACCUGUUUAUGAUUCUAGUCCUCCGUCAGUUAAGAAGCUUCUCUCAUUUUCGUCUGUCUCUUCUGACACACAAGCUGAGAUAUCUGAAAUGGGUUCGCCCUCAUUGUUGGUUGAAUCUACUGAUAAGAAGCCUGAAGUGCACGGUGAAACAGCUGAGCAGGGUACCUCUAGUUUUCAAGAGAUGCAUGCAGCUUCCUCUGAUUUAUGUAAUGAAAAUGAGCCACGGGCAAGGGAUCUGCCAGAGAUUAGUGAGCAUGAUGUUACUUAUUCUGGUUCAUCCACAGUUUCUUCCACUUCUGCUGAUCAUAUUGUAUCCAUGAUGCCUGAAUCUGUGGUUGAAUAUGUUUCAAGAGAUGCAGGGUCCUCAUCUUCGGAUGAGGGAUUAGAGAAGGAUGUGCCAAAUAAAGAAGAAAGCUUUACGCAGAACCAGGUGGACUUAUUAAGCCUUGGUGCAGAGUCGACUCUUGCUGUUGACCGAGGAAUGAGUGAGGUUUUGGAUUCUUCACCAGAGGAACAAAAGCAUCAAAUGCACCCCAAUGAAUCUUCAGAGGCUGAACCAGCAGAUAGGCAUGUAGUUGAUAAGGAAGACUCUCAGUCUGAGCAAGAUGAAAUUCAUUCAUCAAGUUCAUCAGAGGAUAGCUUAAUAGAGGGCAGGGUUAUGCCCAAGGAAGAAGUCAUCCAGACUGAAUGUGAUCAAAUGCAUUCGUCAAACUCUGAUGCAAGUCUUGGUGUUAAUGGUCACCAUGAUAAGGCCAAGGAGUUGUCUUCCCCGGCUUUGACUUACCAGCAUAUGCCUUCCAAUGAUGCAAGUUCAUCCACAUCAAAGGAAUCAGGUCACAUAGUUGUGGCUCAAAUUCAACAAGUUCACCCUUCAGAGGCUAACCUGAGGGAGGAGCAUAAAAAGGAAUCUGAAAUGGAUCAAGUCCAAUCACCAUGUUCUGAUUCAAAGGUUGAUACUGGUCUUGACCGUGAUAUGAAUGUGGGGGGAAUUCGUUCAAGCUCUAGUUAUCAAGAUAUGCCUUCUAGAGAAAACACUUCAUCAGAAUUGAAGAAACAGCUGUCAUGGUGUGAGAAAUCUACGGAUGAUCUGCUCAUUGAUGAACAUAAUAAGCUCGAGGAGCCGUCUAUAAUUGCAACUGAGUCAAGAGGGGAAGUAAACGUUGUCAACAAUGGCAUUAAUGUACACGAAGUUCAGGAUUCUGAGGACAAACUUUCAACAAGUUUCUCUUCCAUGACUUCAGAAUCUACUUCUGCUCCUGCUGAGAGUCCCAAACAUGUGAUGCCAACAGAUCAAGAAUUUUUGAGAGACAAGAUCCUAAACGAAGUUGAAAGUGAGGGCCCCAAAGAGGUAUCAGAACACUUUAAUUAUGCAGAUGAAGUAUAUGCCCCUCAUGCUGAUGAGGAAAAUAUCAGUGAAGAGGUUGAUGAUAUUAAAGAGAUUGAUGAAGGAAUACUCUCUGAAUUGGACACUAUAGGGGACUUUAAUGUCAGGGAAAUUGGUUUACUAGAGGAAUCUCGUGUUGCCUAUUCUGAAUCUGCAUUGUUAGCCAAAGAUAUAGAGACCGAGACCAAUGUGGAGCUGCCUGUUCUUGAAGCAAGAUCAGUAGAGGAUAUUGAUUUGGCUUUUAAGCAACUUCAUGAAGGAGUAGAUCUUGAGGAAGUAAUUCUUCCAAGUAUGAUCGAGAAUCAGGAGGAUCAUGCAGGUAUCAAUUCAAAAUUACCUGUUGUCGAGGCUAGAUCUCUGGAGGAUAUACGUAAUGCUUUCCAACAAGGCCCUGAGCCCAAUCUAGCUGAGCAGCUACAUUCCACAGACUUAAGGAAUGGAUCAUCAGAAGUAGAGCAGCAUGAUGUGGUUUGUACUAAAGAGAUUGAGGUUAGUGAUGCAGUCUCUGGUCUUCAAGAAAAUAGUGAGAAUGCUGCUGUUGAACCAAAAAAUGAAUAUGAAGUAGAAGACAUAAAAACGGAGACCAAUGUGGAGUUGCUUGUUCUUGAAGCAAGAUCAGUAGAAGAUAUUGAUUUGGCUUUUAAGCAACUUCAUGAAGGCGGAGAUGUUGAGGAAGUAAUUCUUCCAAGUAUGAUUGAGAAUCAGCAAGAUCAGGCAGAUACCAAUACAAAAUUACCUGUUGUCGAGGCGAGAUCUCUGGAGGAUAUACAUAACGCUUUCCAGCAAGGCCCAGAAUCUAAUCCAGCUGAGCUGCCAAAUUCUUCAGACUUAAGGAAUGGACCAUCAGAAGUAGAGCGGCAUGAUGUGGUAUCUACUAAAGAGAUUGAAGUUAGUAAUGCAGUCUCUGGUAUUCAAGAAAAUAGUGAGAAUGCUGCUGGUGAACCAAAAAUUGAAUAUGAAGAAGCAUCUGAAAAAUCAAACCCGAACCUUAAAGGUAGGAAGGCAAAAUCUCAUGACUCAAGUUCUAGUUCCAGCUUGAGCUCCAGUGAUUCUGAAUGAAAGGAAUAAAAUAUAGUUCAGAAAGAAAGAAAAGUAGAGUUUGGUAUUUUCGGUUUUCUUCUAAAAUGGUUCUUUCCUCCCUCCCCCCUCCUUUCCAGAGAUGAGUUCUUGGGUUUUCUAGUUUGGUUACCAUCAUGUUUUUGAUUAGUGGUAGUCAUGUUUUGUUGAGUUUUUGACUGAUUGAAUGAUUGAUUUCUUCAAGAAUGAGUUUUGGUUUGUUUCUUUUUUCUUCUUUUUUGGUUCUUUUCUGCCUUUCAAGUGAGGCAGGUUGAGGUUUAUGAUUGAUUUUGAUAUUUGAAGAUUUUUGUAAAUUAUAUUUUGGUUGUAGAAGUGAUGAAGUGUUCAAUUUUAAUAUGUUUGUGCAAU